AUGGUACAAAAAAAUAUGACCCUGAAGAAAAAAAAGGUAGAUGGGAACUUCAUGUACCAGCAACCCUAUUUUAACUACGCCUCAAAGCGAGUUACACAUGACCCAUACAAGUCCACAAUGUGUAAAGAUCUACCAGAUCACCUAAAUAUCGAAAAGAAAAUAGAUAAAAUCGAUAAUCCAAUCAAAGCUGUAAAUAAUUCCAUAAUUAACAGUAAAAAUUCCUUCCUAGCUGGAAAAAAUUUAAUCAACAGUAAGUUAUCUUCAAAGUGUUUAUUAAAAGGACUGGGAAAUACAUUUGAAAGGAAUUACCAUGAUUUUAAAAAGGCGCCAGUAAAGAAUCCAUUUUCGUUAUACGGACUUAAACUGGAUACGCACAAGGUAAAUGCAAGAAGGAAAACAAACUCAGCACCACCUUUAAUAGACUUUGAUGAUCCGAGCGAAGAAUACAAUUUACACUCGGGAGAAAAUAAUAGAGCAAGCCAUGAAAUAUCACAAUUCAAGCCAGAUGUUAUGCAAACAGAUAGUAAUUUUAGUAAAAGUGGACUAGAAAGCGAGUCAAGUUAUAAGAAAAGCUCUCUGGAAACAUCAAGAAGCUUUCGCACGGAAUACAUUGAUACGUCAAGGCAAUCGAAAUCGGAUUUGGUUGACACAUCUAGGACCUAUAAAUCUGACUCAAUCCAUAUUGAUGGUAUAGGACCUUAUAAAUAUGGGUUUGAGUCUAAAGGGAGGAUUGUAAUUGAGUAUAACCCUUUUAAUGAAGUUAUGGAGCGACUUUACUCGCGAACAAAUAACGUGCUUUUUGUUAAAUCCCAUAAACAUUUUUCUACUAUGGGAGAAGGUAAUUUAAACCCAAACUAUGAUACAAGCACAUCCAGAUCAAGAGCAGCUGAGGCCAUUUUGAAGAGUAACCCCAGCCAGAUUUUCCAAGACCUUUUCGAAAGACUGGAGUCUAUAGUCUCAUCGGACUCUGGAGACCACAUUGAAACUGAUACCAUUGGGUACAACAAUACCCAUAGAGAUAAAAGAGUGGAUAGAGGCGGGUCAAUAUCCAGGAGAAGCACAACUGACCAAUUUUCAAGUUUCGAUGUAUAUAUUGAAAACUUCCAUACAGAUUCAAUCUCCUUUAGAAAUUAUCAAGAAGGGAACAAUAUUAAGGGAGCAUAUUCUAUUAAUCAACUCCACCGUAACAUUGGUGGCGGCAUCAACGACUAUGAGGAAAUCAAAUUGGAUAUCACUCCCAACAAGUACCUGAGCGCCGCUGACGACACUAUUCUCAAAGUUUCAACUGAUUCAGCGUACAGAGCAAUGGUGAAAAUCAAAAAUGAUCGGAAGCCCCUGAAGCCUUAUGACAUGAAUGAUGAUUUUAUGAUAACAGACUCUGAGGAGUAUGCAGUUCUGAACACGGCUUUCGGUCACAUUAUAUAUUCACCCAAGUUUCAAGAUGACAAGUAUAUGUACCGCUUCAUGGUUUUGACCAGCGAAGCCCAGAGGCAAGUUGAAAAACUGUCCAAAACAUCUCCGAAAAAUGGAUUUAACGUGGGACUAUCGGCCGGCGGGAAGAGGCUUCUGACUUACCACGAGAUUGUCCACACGCUUGGAAUUAAAAUGUCGCCCGGUUGGCACCACUUCUUGUACUUCAAAAACGUCCAAAAGGAACUGAUCCUGCGGAAACCACUAUAA